AUGGAUCCUGAUCAGAUGAAGGAGGUGUAUCUGACUCUCAGCAAUGAGUGUCACCACUGGAAGACUGUCAGCAUCAUCCUCAAAGGCUUUUUCAGCAUGUCAGCUCUAGAAUUCUUUUCCAUGGUUGCUCCAGCCAAUUAUCCCAUUCUUGAGUUGUUUUGCUUGGUCUUUGAUAUGCCUUUCUGGCAAGCCCUACCUGCUGGGUUCUUUGAUAGGGCACCCAUGUUGAAUGACAUCCAUAUGGACUUGUUGGUAACAAAUGACCUACCUUGGUCACAGAUUACCACAUUUACCACCUCUGGUCUCAUUGUCAAAGAGCAGUUCAUUAUUCUUUGUGAAUCCCUGCAGCUCCAAACUCUUGAAUUCCAAAUUUAUGACAAAUGGCACAUGACCUCUGUGGCCCAUUCCUAUCCUCUUGUCCAUGCAUCCUUGGCCACAUUUGAGGCCCCAGAUAUAUCAUCCUUUUCUUGUUUGAUGCUCUUCACUCUCACCAAUCUCUGUAUCAAUAAUAUUGUCAGCAAGAACAAUGCCAACAACUUCACAGCAUUUGUCACCCUUAGCACCUCACCAUUAAUCCUUCUCAGGCUUAAAGAGCUUGAGCUUAAUCAGGCAUUUGAUACCCUAAAUCUGAAGAUGGUCAUUGCCUUGGCUUUAUAUUGA